AUGUCGCAAGAAGGUUUAACAACUCCGUCACAUCUGAACGUGGGCAAUCCAGUCUCGAAUCUGACCUUUCUUGUUCUCUUUCUUAUCCCCUGCGUGCUACUUGUGUUUUUGCUGAACUGCCUGUUUCUUGUUUACAAGAUAUUCGUCGCAUCCAAGAAGAUCAAGACGCGCGUUGACACGGAGGAAACGGUUUUGCCGUCCAGCUCGUCGCCGUCGACGCGGCACAGGGUAAACAGAACAUCGGAUGGGCCCUUCUCACCCCCCAACCAGGCCUGGAGGAGAACCCAUGUGUCUACAUCAGAGCCCGUUCUCUGUCAGCCUGUGGCCUCCUCUAGGACCUCAUCAAAAAAGAGGUCUGCGGUGGAGCAGAGCGUAUGGCUCCUCCGGCCAGACGGUGCAACGAGGACCGGUUCAGGGUCUCUGAGGGCACCAAGUACCAUCCUGGCAGCUUCGUCUAGGGGCACUUCAAGGGUCAGCCUGCCCAAAAGUUCACGCAGGCACAGCGAUGUUAAAAUGGACUGGGGCAGAAAUGCAUCACUCCCACCGCAGUCCAGCGAUUCAGAGGAGGACACAAGAGUUGACGUCGUGCCGACGAAUUCGCCCGCAACACACGAUCCUUCGUCAAAGCAGAUGUGUCACAUUCGUCGCAGUAGCACACUGGAAUCGCUGACAGAUGUGAACCACAGUUUCACAGAUUACCUGUUUGACAAGGUGGACUACGAGAGCGACUAUACCUGCCACACCUCACGAGGGACUUCCUGCCUAAAUAUUUCCACGGCGGGCCCUGGUCUUGACAGCGACUUCGGUGCAAGUGCAGGUGUCUCUCUGCGGAUUUUGUCAGCAGACAGCGAUGGUCUGUCUAAUGGUGUGUUUGCGUCCGCCCUGGAGUGGGACUACUAUGACCCUUGUUACGUCCAGCAGAACAACUUACCAAGACAUGGACUUCACAGACCUGCAGUUCACGUGAAGCAGUACUGGGUGUAA